GAAGGAAAAAUUAGAAGUAACCGCAAAGGAAUUAGGGAUUUGGGGUAUUUGCCCGCUCUUUGCAACUUCGCCACUUAACUUCAACAUUCGACAUCUCACGAUCUCAUCUCAUCUCUCACUCUAUUUCUCCUACUAUACUGAAAAACAGAAAAUAAAAAAACCAGAAUCUUUCCCCUUCCUCUUCAUUUGUUAUCUCAAAGAGAUACAAACCAAGCCGCAGAUUAUAACCACCGUUCACCCACACAGUCUCUCCCUCAACCCUAAACUAUGGCGGAUGCUUAUUGGAGGUACAGCGACGCUCGGCAACCACCACCGUCGGCGAUGAAUUCAGUCGUCGGAAAGCGCCCUCGCUCCGAUUACGAUGCCCAUGGUGGCCACGACCUGCCGAGUUAUUAUUCCCAUGAAGAUGAUAGAGGUUCUCUCCGGGGAAUUAGAGAUACUGACUCCAUUAAUGCCUCAUAUGAUCGCUACCUGCGCAGUGCGCAAAUGCCAUCAUAUAGUGGUGGACAGUCUGCUAGAACCUUGAGUGGUGGACUACCUGGUCGUUCUGUUGAUGAUCCACGGAUGAUGGGAAUGGGGGGUGUUGACCCAGGGGCACCUGUAAAAGACAGGGUUUUAGGAAUGGGAAGUGGACGGCCUGAGGCUCCCCUACCUCCUGGUGCUACCAGUACACUAUUUGUGGAGGGAUUGCCUCCCAACUGUACACGACGUGAAGUAGCUCAUAUCUUUCGCCCUUUUGUUGGCUACAAGGAAGUGAGACUCGUAAGCAAGGAAUCGAGACAUCCCGGAGGAGAUCCUCUGGUACUCUGUUUUGUUGAUUUUGUGAGCCCAGCCCAUGCAGCCACAGCUAUGGAUGCGUUGCAAGGAGUUGCAUUUCCUAAAAUUAUUUCACUUUGCGAGAAGAGGGACUGCCAAAUGAUUCACAAACUGCUUUUUGGCUGUGUUAUGAAAUUAACCAAAAGAAAAAAAGGAAAGGCUAUUAGUUUUUCCAAAUUUAACAAUGUAUGGUAUACUGCAUGAAAAGGCAAGUUCACUUUGCUAUCAAUAUUUAACACAGUUCACAUAUAAAAUCUGUACAAAGUGUUUCUGACUUUAAACCCUUUUCACUUCCAAAGAUGCCUGAAAGUUUCAACGAUUUCAGAAAGGUUCCUAAAUCCUUAGUUUUGUGGAAUUUAUUUCCCGUUUAAAGUGACAUAACACACUAUUCAAGGUGCGGGACUUCUUUUUUUGAAGAAUGACACGAUCUUUUGAGCCACUUUAUAUUGGCUUUAAAGGAGGUGAACAUAGAUUGCCGAUGCCCAUAUGUAUUAUUCUGCAGUUUUAUCCUGGGUGUUGUUUCAUGGGGAUCUGUCAGUUUGUUUAGUAUUUAUGACAUCUUGGUUUCACACGAUACUUUAGGCCAGAAGUUGCAUGGUCUGCAAAGUCAUCCAGUACCAGUGUACCACGAGCCAAACUUAGUAAAUUUUUCCAAAUAAUGGAAGGGGUUACCUUCCUGGGUCAUUUUAAUCCUCCUAGAUUGUGAAUCUCUGAUGAAUGCCUUAAAUCUGGUUGGUUUCAUUGGGACCUGAUGAGUUUAAGCUCAUUUAGUGAAUUAGGAUACCGGGACUGGUUAGAGAAACCAUAUAAUCAUUUGUUUGACCAAACGAGUAAUUCAGUCAUAAGAAUGGUGUUGUUAACAACGGUGCUCUCAAUAUAGUCAUCUCAUCCUGAUGAGGUUUCUCUAAUCGUACUGUAUACUUUAUGCUAAGAGAGGAAUCGUGUGAGCUUUAUUUUGGAAUGGGAGAUC